GAUAGCAAGAAUUAGUCACAAGCCAAGAGUCAGUGGAGGAAAACACUGAGAGAAGAAUACAAUGGCAGGCAAGGAGGAUCUGAAGCUGCUCGGCCUGCUGGUGAGCCCGUUCGUGAUCCGGGUGCGCAUGGCGUUGAGCACGAAGGGCGUGAGCUACGAGUACGUCGAGCAGGACCUGUUCAACAAGAGCGAGCUCCUGCUCAAGUCCAACCCGGUGCACAAGAAGGUCCCCGUGCUCAUCCACAACGGUAAGCCGCUGUGUGAAUCGCUCGUCAUCGUGCAGUACGUCGACGAGCUGUUUGCCGGCCCGUCCAUACUCCCCACCGAUCUCUACGAGCGCGCCACUGCUCGCUUCUGGGCCGCCUUCGUCGACGACAAGCUAUGUCCGGCAUGGAUUGGCAUCCUUAAGGCCAAGACGGAGGACGAGAGGGCAGAGAAGGUGACGGAGACUUCUGCUGCGAUCGGGCAAAUGGAGGAAGCCUUCGACAAGUGCUCCGAGGGCAAGGCCUUCUUCGGUGGCGACUCCAUCGGGUACCUCGACAUCGUGUUCGGCUCCUGCUUGUUCUGGUUUGAGGCGGUGCGCAGGAUGUUCGGAGUCGAGAUCAUUAGCGCAAACAAGGCUCCGCUCUUGACCGCGUGGGCGGAGCGAUUCCGGGAAAGUGCGGAGGCGAAGGAAGUGGUGCCGGGGGCGGACGAGGCCGUGCAGUACGCCAAUAAGCUCGCUGCCGCUGCCGCCAAAUCGAUCGAGCUUGGGUGCUUGGCAAUGGCCGCAAAGGGAGGUGAGCUGAAGCUGCUGGGCGUGUGGGACAGCCCCUACGUGAACAGGGUGCAGAUCAUGCUCAACCUCAAGGGCAUCAGCUACGAGUACAUCGAGGAGGAUCUCCUCAACAAGAGCAAGCUCCUCCUCAAUUCCAACCCCGUGCACAAGAAAGUUCCCGUGCUCAUCCACGACGGCAAGCCGAUCGCCGAGUCGCAGGUCAUCGUGCAGUACCUCGACGAGGUCUUCUCCGGCACCGGCCCUUCCGUCCUCCCCGCCGACCCGUACAAGCGCGCCACCGCCCGCUUCUGGGCCGCCUUUGUCGACGAUAAGGUGGGUUCUCCGUGGCACACGAUCCUCUUCGCGCGGGAGGCCGAGAAGAAGGCUGACGCGGCGGCGCGGAUCAUCACGGCGCUGGGGACGCUGGAGGGCGCGUUCAAGGACUGCUCCCGUGGGGGUGACUACUUCGGCGGCGACGGCAUCGGGUUCGUGGACGUCGUGCUGGGCAGUUACCUCGGGUGGUUCAAGGUGUUCGAGAAGAUGGUCGGCGUCAGGGUCCUGGACGCGGCGAGGACGCCGCUCCUGGCCGCGUGGGGCGAGCGGUUCGCCGCGGCGGAUGCGGCGAAGGACGUCCUGCCUUCUGACGUUGACAAGGUGAUCGAGUUCCUGCAAACGUUCCUGGAUUAGUAGUUAGUUUGGUGGGUGCUCCUCCGGUGUUGUUGCUGAACGCCGAUUGAAUUGUUGUUGUUUGGUACUUUGGUAUGGUUAUUUUCACUGGGCUAUUAAUGGGCUUUAAGACGUGAUUUGAAUCCACGAUAUAUAUGAUGGAAUAAGAAGGUCUGAUUUGAGCAGGGCUCUAUGAAUAAAUGGAGCCCAUACUUAAUCUA